AUGCGCCAUUCUUUAAGGCGGAACAUCGACCGCCACGCACGCACGCAGGCGGGAAGCGCAUGGCUGAUGGAGCGAUUGGCGAGGCAUGCGCGUCUUCAGCGCGUAUUGUUGGCAUUUAACCGCCCACCUCAGGGGGGAACGUCGUCUGUGGUGGAUAUCUGCGGCGGGUUGCCCGGUUUUUUUCCAAGCAAGCAACGCAGCGCCGGCCACACACAACCAACCUACCAACCGGGCACUGGCACUGGCACUGGCACACUGACUCUCUCAGCCCUCCGUGUUGUGCCGCCCGACGCGCGCGCAUCCAUCCAUCCAUCUUACAUCGUCAACGUCGCACGAGUACACUCAUUCACGCACAUCUUUUGCAGCCUUUACCCACCUCGAGACCAGCAGCAGAGCAAGAAGCGCCGAGGGAAUUCUGUUCCCCCCCGUCGGUCCCUCCUCGCUCCUUUCCCUUGUCCCGGGGGUGAUAGGUACGUGGUAUCCAGCGAGUCGCCCGAGCGGGUCUGA